UGUGAAAGCUGCCUCACCUCACCCACAACAACCUUUCAACUCUGAUAACUUCACAUCCCUGGUCCACCCAGCAAAAGAACCAAAUCCUCCAAACACUCAAACCACGUCAAUAUGCCUCCAAAGGUCGACCUCUCUGGUAUGCCCGAGCACUCUGCUCGCAUGCUCGCCCUCGCUUGGCUUUGCAUGGAUACUGAACCCAAGAUCGAUACUGCUAAGCUCUCUCAGCUUUCCGGUUAUACCCUCAAGUCUACCGCUGAGAUGUUGCGUGUCGCAAAGAAAAACAUCCGCGCUAUGGAUACCGCAGAUGGCAAACCCGUGACCGAGCCCACCAGCAAGGCUGCCAAGCCUGUAAAUAAGGUGAAGGCGACUGCUGGUAAUCACGAUAAAGAUGAAGACAACGAUCUGAAUGAGUCUGUACCCACUGUCAAGGCUAUUAAGGGUAGGAAGCGCAAGGCUUAUGUCGACGAAGACGAGGAUGUUCCAGCCAAGAGAACCAGAGGUAAGGGAAAGAGGAUUCCCAUGAACGAGGAGAGUGCUGAUAAUGGAGAUGAUGAGGAUGAAGUUUGAGAUGGAUUGGGAUGGAACGAGAUGGAAUGUAAAGCACUAGAGGCUAUGGUGAGAUUUCGUUGCACUGAUGGCUAGCACCAACCGGGCGAAUGGACCCGAUUUGACUGCGCUGCCAGAUAUCUUGUGCAUGUAGCAUGCGUUACCCACAUUAGGAAUAGAAAAG